AUGCUAACCGGUAGAGCACGAAUAGCCGCAAGGCGCAUCGCGUCCCCCUCCUCCAUCGCACGGCCACUUCCCCUUCGCACUUCGCCGCCAUUAUGCCUCAACACAUCGGUGGCCUUGCCGCCCCAGCAACACAGGAUCCUGAGGCCGCUGGUGUCUUGCCGGGGGUAUGCGAACGGGGGUCGGCCGCAUCCUCCUGGUGGCACGCAUCGCAUGAACCUUGGUGGUGAGCCGGAGAAGCCUGCGUUGGAGCAGUACGGAAUAGACCUCACACAGCGCGCGCGCGAUGGCAAGUUAGAUCCCGUUAUAGGGCGAGAUGGCGAGAUACAGCGCACAAUCCAGAUUUUAUCGCGACGAACCAAGAACAACCCCGUCUUGAUCGGAAAGGCUGGAACAGGAAAGACAGCCAUUCUCGAAGGUCUAGCCCAGCGCAUUGUUAAGGGGGAUGUGCCUGAAUCGAUACAAGAGAAACGCGUCAUCUCCCUUGAUCUCGGCUCUCUCAUCGCUGGUGCAAAAUUCCGAGGCGAUUUCGAAGAGCGAUUGAAGAGUGUGUUGAAGGAGGUCGAGGAGGCCAACAAGGGCGUCAUUCUGUUCGUGGACGAAUUACACACCCUGUUGGGCUUGGGCAAGGCAGAGGGUAGUAUCGAUGCCAGCAAUCUCUUGAAGCCUGCGCUUAGCCGCGGAGAGCUGCAGCUUUGCGGAGCAACCACCCUUAAUGAAUACCGCCAGAUCGAAAAGGACGCAGCGCUGGCAAGACGAUUCCAGCCUAUCAUUGUUGGCGAACCCACGGUUCAAGACACAAUCUCCAUACUUCGUGGCAUCAAGGAGCGAUACGAGGUCCAUCACGGUGUGCGCAUCACCGACAACGCUUUGGUCGCCGCCGCUUCCUACAGCAAUCGGUACAUCACCGACCGUUUCCUGCCUGACAAAGCAAUUGACCUGGUAGACGAGGCUGCUAGUGCGCUACGUCUGCAGCAAGAGAGCAAGCCAGAUGCAAUCCAGGAGCUGGAUCGCCAGAUCAUGACUAUUCAGAUCGAGCUAGAGUCACUCCGCAAGGAGACCGACAUCGCUAGCAAGGAGCGACGGGAGCGCCUUGAGGAGACGCUCAAACAAAAGCGAGAAGAAGUAAAGGUGCUGACUGAGAAGUGGGAGAAGGAGCGAGCAGAGCUCGAAGCUAUCAAGAACGCACAAGAGAAUCUCGAGCGUGCAAAGCUUGAACUCGAACAAGCCCGCCGCGAAGGAAACUUUGCCAAAGCUGGUGAACUGCAAUACAGCAGGAUCCCAGAGCUGGAACAAAAACUUCCCAGAGACGAGGAAGUGACUGCAGGAGCCAGCCGCCAGGGCUCCUUGUUACACGAUUCCGUUACGGCGGACGACAUUGCAUCUGUUGUCUCCCGGACAACUGGCAUUCCACUAUCCAAGCUCAAUUCCGGAGAAAGCGAGAAGCUCAUACACAUGGAGGACACCUUGCGCCAAUACGUCAAGGGCCAGGACGAGGCCUUGACAUCUGUUGCAAAUGCGAUCCGUCUUCAGAGAGCUGGACUGUCUGGCGAGAACAGGCCUAUUGCAUCCUUUAUGAUGCUGGGACCAACGGGUGUAGGAAAGACCGAGGUUUGCAAGAGACUCGCAGAAUAUCUGUUCAGCACACCGCAAGCUGUAAUUCGUUUCGACAUGAGCGAAUUCAGUGAGAAGCACACUGUGUCGCGUCUUAUUGGGUCUCCUGCCGGCUAUGUUGGGUACGAGGAUGCUGGCCAGCUUACUGAAGCUGUGCGACGAAAGCCAUACGCCGUUCUCCUCUUCGAUGAGUGGGAGAAGGCCCACAAGGAUAUAUCGACCUUGCUCCUCCAAGUCCUCGAUGAGGGUUUCCUGACGGAUGCACAGGGCCACAAGGUGGACUUCCGCAACACCAUCAUUGUCAUGACAUCUAACCUUGGGGCUGACAUCAUUGUUGGUGACGAUGCCAUUCACUCCGUCAACAAGGACUCAAGCGAGAUCUCGCCCGCAGUGCGCAGCGCCGUCAUGGAUGUUGUUGCUGCUACAUACCCACCUGAGUUCCUUAACCGCCUCGAUGAAUUCAUCAUUUUCCGCCGUCUAUCUCGAGAAGCGCUUAGAGACAUUGUCGAUAUACGUCUGAAAGAGCUUCAGCAGCGACUAGAUGACCGUAGGAUUGUUCUCGAGUGCCCGGACGAGGCCAAACAAUGGCUAUGCGACCGAGGAUACGAUCCAAAGUUUGGUGCACGACCCUUGAACAGACUGAUUGCUAGAGAGAUUGGCAACAGUCUAGCAGACAAGUUGAUCCGUGGUGAGAUUCGCAGUGGUGACAAGGCCAUCGUCUCGAUCAAAGAAGGUGGUGCAGGCCUUGCGGUCUCUGCCGCGGCAUGA